AUGACGGGUCAACGGGCCCUUGACCCACCUGCUGCUGCGGCUGCAGCGGCUCGUCGCCUCAGCAGCAGUCGGCCACUGUUUGCUGUUUCCCUAAGCACUGCGGUGUCUCAGCUGCUGCAGCUGACUGCAAUUCCUGAGUCUGUGUCCCUCGGGUCGCCCUCUCAAUUUCCCUCCUCUUUUAGUUCAUCACAGGUCGAGGAUGAUGCCCUCGGCUCAGAUAACUUGACGGCAGAAGACGGGCCCUCGGGGCACGCGGCGGAGAAUCAACAGCCACACCCAGUAGCUCGUGCAGCUACAGAUCAGGAGGUCACUGAAACCUUUCAGACGCAGUGGCUGACAGCGCGAUUCAUUGCACAAGUCCGAGCCCACUUUGAGACCACGCUUGCUGCAUCGUCUGAGGAAGAUGGAGAGGUGGCUGAAAAUGGAGGAGAGGAGACGCAGGCAAGCGAAGAAGAGGAGGCGGUUAGGUACCAAAGAGCCGUUUGUACUGGAGCGCUUCGAUGGGGACUCCUCCUGCUACUUUCCGCCGAGCCGGCUCUGCUAAACCAGCAAGCACCUCGUUUAGCUUCACCGACAACACCGAGAGAGUCCCCUGAGCAACAAAGCGAUAGUUAUUUCUCUUCAGAGAUGAGGCGACCUCAGGCAGAGGCCCUUAGCGGCAACCGGCAUGAUAAUGCGGAGUCUGCAGAUGCCGUAUUAAGGGAGGCUCUCUUUGCAUUUGAGAUAAUCGUUCGUGUCUCCCCGUCGAUGGCCACCCGAAUUCUUCCCAAGGUUUUGGAAUGGCUUGACUGGGGCCUCUCAGGCACAGGGGGACACCACCCGCUGCUCUCGGAAGGGACGGAGGCGAGCAACAAGCAGAUUCAUAUCUUGGAUGCGCAUCUGCAACAUAUGGAGGCAGUUAGUGGUGAAUGCCCAUUGGAACGGCGAGUGCAGCAGAUUAGAAAAGGCUCUCUUUCCGCACUCUUUACCUGUCCCCUCCCCAACUAUGUCGCUUCAGGGUGCAUUAGCAGUACUUCCGAGCAUCUCAAUCGGAACCGUCCUCUUUCGGGGACACUUCUGCUGAACUGCGGGAGUCUUGAGGGCCUAAGUGAUGUCGAGAAAAUGAUUCUCGCAGCUUGUUUGCCGCCUGUGCUUCGUUGGGUGGCGGCUCCAUCACAGCACAAUACGGCAGGAGGCCAGACAGGGGGCGGCUCGGCGUCUUCAGCGAGCAUAUAUCCGGAGCACAACUUCUCUUGGGCUUUUGUCGGGACCCAUUGCGUAGCGGCUGAGAGCGCCCCGCGAAAGGCAGCGCUUUACAUCCUUGCUACCAUUCAGGGCGUACUUCUGUCGUUUGCGCUGAAUGUCCAAGGGUCGUCAAAAUGCCUAGACACAUUUGGGGUUGCUGCCGCUGCCACUGACAAGUCGGUAGUUCGACAAGCGCAAGCCAAAGAACUCCCAAAGGCUUUUCAGGCCAAUGCGAACCGCGCCGACUCCCGCAUAUUACUAACAGCUACAACAGCAGCCUCAGUUGUUGAAGUGCAGAUUGCUGAACGAGGUGGAGGAGGAGACCCUCGCUGCCCACUGACGGGGCGAUUGCAGCUACCAUAUGGGCUUCCUGACGAGCAGCUCACUGAACUUUUCCCUGGACAGAUGGCAUCCGGGCAUUCAGCAAUGCAUGGAGGCGGUGAACGAGUUCUUCUCUCAUAUCUUAGUGAUGAAGGCGCAUCUCUAAUGGCUAUACAUGUUUCCCGCGUCCUGAUAGCACUCGUCAAGUCCGUAUCUCUAGGAGACGAAGAACGCAGUCUAGGCUUUAUUAUUCCUCCGCUCCUCCGUGUUUUAGACGUUCCCCAAGCUGAAGUUCGCUUCUUGGGUUGGAAGUGCCUCAAUGAGGUUGUCGUCAAGUGCCCCAUCGGUGGACUGAACAACUACCGGACUCCUAUCAUGCAAGCCCUGAUGGGCGGUUUUCCAAUAUACACGGAAGUGGAAGUUUGCUUCGAUGCAUAUCUUGAGGCGUUUACGACAUUCAUCUGUCGCACGUUCGUGGACGAAUAUGAUCAGUCGUUCUUCGAUUGCCAAAACUUUCUGAUUGACAUGUGCUAUCCCGCUUUGCAUUCUUCGGAGAGUCUUAGCGCGGCGUUUUUGAAACGGUCCAGAGCUCUGUUGAUAUUUGCUCCAAAUUCAGCAAACCUGAGGCUUUGUGAUUGGAUGGGCUCCUGCCUUGAGGCGUUGGAGAGUGUUUCACUCGAAACCAUAGAAGAAGGCUUGCAAACUCUCAAGGUGUUACUUUCUAUUGGAAUUGACAUUGAAGAAUUUCUGCCGCAGAUUCUUUGCCGCUUGGCUACCAUUGCCAUAGUUGCGAAGGAAGAAUCUGUGCGAGGAUGCCCUGGACCCUGCUCCGGGCAGCCAGUGCUCGCAGAAUCAGUUGAGUCGGUUGCCCGUCAGCUGCUUCACUCGGCAGACAACGAGCUCCUCUCGAGUAUUUGCACAAAUGUUUCUUCGCACUUCCAAGAGAGGCGUUCCGAUGAGCCAUCUCUUGUCGAUGCCAUUACUAAAUGGCUUUCAUGGUUUUCGUCCCUUCUUCAAGAGGGACAUGCUGAGGCGAAGGAAAAGCGGGCGAGCCCAAUGGGCUGCAGAAUCAAACUGUGA